AUGCUUUGUCAUUCGACACUUUUAAACCCUCGAAGUUUCGAAGGAACUGUUAAAGGAACAAGAUAUUUCGCAAUUCUAGCAUUGCUCUGUUUGCCAUUUAAUAGUUUAGCACGAAGAAAUGUGUAUGCAAAGUCCAUUAGAGCGACGCGUUCGACCUUAUGUAUUAUUACUCAAGAACAAAAAGAAAUAAUAAAUGAACAAAAUAAAAAACCUUUUUAUAAUUGGAGACCGAGAUCUCCAAUUGAUUAUUCUUUCAAAUUUGUGAUACCUUCAUCAUUGCAUGACAAAACACGGAAUUGGGUACCGAAGAAGAAUGAAGGGAAGAAUAUAUCAACCACUCUAUUUAGAAAAGCAAUUCAAACCAAUUGUUUUACAAAAAUAUGGUCAACUUAUAAGUCAUUGGUAGAAAGUGGCGAUUUAAAAUACACGGAAAUUCGUCUCAUUAAUAGAUUAAUGCGUGCCGUCAAAGAAUUUGACAAUGAUCCUGCUAGUCGCCUAGAAUAUUUUCAAUUAAUUCACAAAGAUAUGGAACAAGCGGGGAUAAAAAAAACCCAAGAACAGCAAAAUUAUUUGAUAGAGGCAUAUUUAAAUAAUGAUAUGAUAGAUAAAGCGCGUGUUGUAUUUGAUGAAAUGAACAAGUGGGAGUAUUUUGGAAAACGUCCUGUCGGAAAACUCGCCUUCUGCAAUGCGUUCAAUAUGAUGAUCAAUGCUUAUGGAAUGCGAUCUUAUAAGCUUGAGAAGGAAGGUAAACCGGGAACAAAGUCUGAAGACCUUCGAGAAGUGACAAAAUUAUUUACAUUAAUGCAUGAGAAAAAUUUAACACCUAACGGAACGACUAAAACAAUUCUCAAGAAUAUUUUUCGCUGUCAUUUUGAUGAUAAUGCAAUUUCUUGGAUUCGAGAGUUAAGAAAGAAAGGAAUAGUUGACGCUGGUUUGGAAAAGGAAAUUUUGAUAAUAUUAUUGGAACAUCAUAAUCUCAAGGAAGCGAUUCGUACUUUCGGAGAUAUGAAAGCAAGAAAUCUGGCGCCAGACGUUUAUUCAUAUAUUCCUUUGAUUCAUCAACUUGCACAACACGGUAAAGUUGAAGAGUCAUUAAAACUGAUUGAAGAAAUGAAGGAGCGAAAUAUUCCACUCAACACUGUGGCUUAUAAUGUCUUGAUUGGGGUGUAUAAUAUGACAUCAAAUUAUGAGCAAGCAGGGCAACUUAUUGAGAGUAUGUUAAAACAAAACAUUGAACCAAAUAUACGUACAUUUGGUCAACUUAUCAAUAUAUAUGCAAAGACGGGUAAAUCCGAUCUGGCUCUUCAAGUUUUAAAGAUGAUGACAAAAUUUGGAAUUCAACCUAAUGAAUACAUUUACACUUCAAUGAUUGAAUUGUUUGCAAAUUUAUCAGAUAUUCAAUCGAUGGAAAAUGUAUUUCGUCGCAUGGUUGACAGCGGAAUAAGUCCCAAAGAGGUGACUUAUUACAUAUUGUUGAUGGGAUAUGGUCGAGUCCAAGAUCUAAACAAGUCAUUUCAAACUUGUCGACUUAUGAUAAAGUCAGGAAUUGAACCCAAUGUACGUACGUAUAACGCAUUGAUAUCACUUUUCGCUCAGAAAGGGGACACGACGGGAGCUCACUUGUUAUUUCAUGAAAUGCAACAAUUUGGGAUAUCCCCCGACGUAUACACGUAUACCUCGCUUAUCAACGCAUACGUGAAUUCCUCAAACAUACGUGGCGCGGAAUCGCUCUUCUCUGAGAUGAAAAAGGGAAGGAUUAAGCCUUUGACCACCACCUAUAACGUCUUGAUGAGUUAUUAUGUCGGACAGAAGGAUCUUUAUCAAGUGCAGCAAAUAUUUGAUGAGAUGAUAACGGAAAGGGUUCAACCUGAUAACUUUACUUAUUGUUGCCUAAUGGAUGGAUUUUGUUCUCAGAACGACCUAGAAUCGGCGGUUACCAUCAUGAAUAAUAUGCAAAACAAUAAAAUGAAACCUGAUGUACAAAUGUAUACGGUUCUUAUUCAUGCGUACAUGAGGAAUGGAAAUUUUUCACAAGCAAAGCGCCUUUAUGAGGACAUGAUUCAAAAUGAUGUAUAUCCUACAUUUGUCACGUAUGCCAUAUUAAUCGAUGGUCAUGCUAGAAUAGGGGAAUUGGAUUUUGCUAGAAAACUUUUAUCGGAGCUGAUUUCUCAAUCCACGAAAGAGACGGUAAAUCAAACCGUUUACAAGGAUAAAACAAUUUUAAAUCCAGACAUAUUUACCCCUUUAAUGGAUGCUUACGCGAAACAAGGACAAACUGAAGCCGCAUGGGCGAUAUUUGAAGAGAUGAUAACAUUAGGAGUGAAACAUAAUUUACAUGUAUAUACUAUACUUAUGAGUGCGUAUUAUCGUGGACGCAAUUAUGAGGCCGUGUGGAAAAUGUGGAAAGUGAUGAGUAAAAAUAUUACGUCGAGUUCCAUCUUCUCGACAAAUUCAAAAAUAUAUGAACAAUUAAAAAAUUUAGAUUUAAUCGAAUCACAAAAAAACGAAAAAGAUUCUUCAAUGACAUUGGCCGAAUCAAAAUGGUCCUCGUCAUUAUUAAUAUCAUUUGGUUUAUUGUAUAGUUCAAUAUCAAUCAUACAACCACCACCAAAUCAAGCGGUAUCGAUAAUGAUAGAGACUUUAACAGCUGCGAAAAAAUUUAAAGCUAUCGAAUUAGAAUGGAGAAGAUUAGAUAAAGGAGAUUUUGAAUUUGAUUGUGUUAAUUAUAAUCAUUAUAUACAAAGUUUAAUAAUAUCAGGAAAAAUCAAAUUAGCUUGUAAGUUAUUAGAUGAGCAUCUAAUUAAAGGUUGGGAAAGAGGUUUAGCUUUAUCAAAUAUUUAUAAAGAAAAAUUUUCCAUACAAAGUAUAAAAUAUAGACAAGAAUUAUUGAAAACUUCUUCAAAAUUUUAUCCUCAUAAAAAAACUUUAUUAUUAUUAGCUAAAUAUUUUGAAAAUAUUAAUUUUGAAAUAAAUCAAGGUAAAAAUGUUAAAAAACAUUUACAAAAUUUAAAAGAAUUUGAAGAUGAAUUUCCUGAAAUUCUUGCGCCAAUUCUUUUCUUUAAUAAUAAUUUCUCUUAA